AUUCUAUUUGUUCUUGUUCAAUGGCAUGCCACAGUCAACUGAUAGGAUUUAGGAUGGCAGCAACAGAAAUUAUUGAUAAUCAGAUCACCUGCCACCCGCUCUAGGGCAGGUUCAAGUUCAGGAGACUGGCAACUCUAAAAUCAAUCACAAAAAUUCUGCAAACAGUCUUCUGGUUCAAAUAUCUCUUCUAUGACUCUGAGAUCUUGCUGGAGAGGAGUUUGAAUCCGUUAUCAGUGAGUUGCAUCUGGACAUUGUGAGCUCUAAAACGUUGAUAAGAAAAUUCAGCUAACGGACGGUACCUCAUACUUUCAAACUUGAAAGCUGACGGUCAAACGUAACUUACUCUACUACCUCAACAGAUCUCUCCAUAUUUUCGUAACUAAACAAGACUGAUAAAUACUUACUUGUAUUGGAAUAUAAGACUCCACUGCCGCAAAAUGGAGCUUUUCUUCCACAUAAGCAUGAUAGUGACGAUAAUGGUCGUGAGCCUGACUGGAAUGGGAAGAACAACCAGGCUCUUUAGGAGCCGGGGAGGUCCAAUGGCUCCGUCAGAGCCUGAAUUUCCGACAGAAUUGGAAGGAGAGGAUCGAUUUUUAGUGAACCCGCUCAAUGUUGAUGAGGUAUUGAGCUUCGGUCCAAGAGCUCCACAAGGAAGCUCGCCGGGUUUUCCAUGGGAUCGCUCGCAACUACCCCAACCGCAGCAGUCGCCCAUCGACAUCUGCCGAUGCAAGUGCAAGUCGAUGACAUAUCAACCACUCAAACUCAGCUAUGCCAAAACGUCCCGCAAUGAUGGCAUUGUCGUUGAGAUAAGCAACUCUGGCCACGGAGUGAAUCUGAAGGUACCGAAAGCGGAGGCAAAACCUUUUCUUUCCGGAGGAAUGCUGUCAAAUCGCUAUAUUUAUGACAACAUUCACUGUCACUGGGGCAGAAAUGAUAUAAUGGGCAGCGAGCACUUCAUCGAUGCAGAAUCGUAUCCGAUGGAAUGCCACAUGGUAACUUUUAAUGAAAAAUACGGAACCAUAAAUGAGGCUCUAAAAAACAAGCAGGAUGGUGUGGUUGUAUUAACUUGGUUCUAUAAGCUUGCAAAUGAGGAUAAUAAGAGAUUACAGAAUUUCCUGCAGUACGUUCCCUCGGUUCGUGAAAACGGAGCCAAAAUCUUUCGAGCUGAUCAGAAUGCAUUGUUUUUUCCCUUAGAGGUACUGCCCAUAAACCAAGAAUACUUUGCUUAUCCAGGUUCUCUAACAACGCCACCCUUUACAGAAGCAGUCACGUUCAUCAUUCUGCCAAUUGCUGUUGGUAUAUCCAAAGAUCAGCUAGCCUUGCUGCGUACAUUGAUGGACGACAAAAAUCCUUCGAAGCCAGUGCUCUCGAAUCGCAGGGAGAUCCAAACACUCAAUCACAGAACCGUAUACUGUGUGAAGGGACGUGUCCAGGCCAUCUCUCGAGAAAUUCCGCCACAACAAAGCAAUGAUGUAUAAACGUUUUUUAUCAGGCUUCCAAGCAAAGCUUAGAAGGCUAGGAAUCUAAGUUUUCAAUCAAAGCAAAGCUUCAAUGUUGUUGCUGAUAUGCAUGCUCCAUUCAUAUAGGCUCUAACCGACUGCUUUUAAACAAUCAAAAUCUGAUAGAGAAUAAGAAGCCAGCUUUGUUGAUGAAGUAAAACUCCUAAGCCAGUCAUCAAUCACUGAGAGUAUUGAAGUCAACUUCAAGAGAAUACAGUAUGUUUCACAGCAAUGAAACCUACUUAUAAUUCUAGUCACUCAUAAACUAAAAUAGGUUACAUAAACUGGAUGUCGACGUAUACAAGAAAACAUAGUAGGCCUAUCUGCUUCAAAAGUAGGUACCUAGUGAAAACAAAUUUCUAUACAGUUUGUAACUUCAAAAGGUUACAGAGAAACAAGUAGUUAACAUAUUAACGUACAGUACCAAUCUUAUGAUAGAACUUUGAUAAGCACGAAGUCGACAGAUUACUGAUCUUAUGACGAAACUAUGAUAAACAAGAAUAUGACUGCUGCUAUGAUAGAGCUAUGCUUUCAUCACAUUACUGUACUUAUAUCUAUUACCGCGGUAAUAGUGCGCGUAGGUACUGAUGAGUAGUAGCUUAUACAAAAUUAUCACUGGAAUAAGAUUAACCUAAACAAAACUGGAUAAUUAUUCUUUCUAGCCUACAACUCUCAGCAAUCAUAGAUGGUAUUGAGCUCGUGUUAUAACUAGUUGACUAUAUGAUUUUAAUUCAUCAACAGUCAAACCUGAGUAUAUUUCAACUACCACCUCAGAUCAAACAUUUUAUCUGCAAUGAUACCAAUAAAGUAGCUUUAAUCACCAAUCAGUUAUUCGCUUUAGAUAGCUCAGAUAACUGCUUUACUGCUAGCUUUAUAGUAUAAACAACACAAAAAGGAAUGAUGAAUCCAGAUUUGACAAAUAUAAGUACCGACAAACGAAUAUUUUUUUGAAAGACAUUUUUAACUUUGACUUUCUGUUGAUUGUAGAAAACACAAAAGUCCUAUAGAGCAUAAGUGCAUUAUACUUGAAAGUGGAUGGAAUGAGUAGGUCUAGUUUAGUGUUUUUUUCAUCACAGAAAAAGAAGAGAAUUGAAAUCUUGUCAAGGUUUUCUGAAAAGUACGACUGACUCUACACAAAUAUUUACCCAUUUUUUACCUACACCUAUUAUCUACUUAUUGUUACCGUAUUUUGUUACAGAGAUACAAUCAAAUACACAGAUACUGUUAGUGGAAUCAUACAGGAAUAUUACAAAAUUCACCUCACACAGAUCACACAACACAAAAACAAUAAACAUAAAAUCUUUUAAAAUCUACACAAGCUCAUCAUUGAUCCAAUUCAACUGUUACAAAGAGAUUAUAAAAAUCACUUCAUACCAUCUACUAUAUUUUUUUCAUCAUACACCUACACUUCACUUAUACAAAAAACAUUCGCAACAUACAAUUAGAGAGCAUAGAAUUUGAUUCUUACAUUCUAUACUCUCUGCUCACAUUCAAUUAUUUAUUUUCAUUUCAUAUAUGAAUAGAUAUUCUCAGCCAAUUUCUUGAUUUUCGAACAAGCACAGUUAACUAACAACAACCUUUCUCAAGUACCGGUAUCACACUAUAGAAAUAUGUUGAAUUUAUUUGACUCAUCAAGACCAACAACCAAACUGGAGCAUAGGUAAUCUUAUUACAUAUCUGAAUUUCUCAAAAAUAAUUGUUUUAUCCUACGGCACAACGCCGUAUAAGGCAGAAGAUUGACUUAGUUUCAAAAAUACUAUCAUAGGCUAACUACUAUCCAUACAAAUCCAAAUAAAGUUGAAAGUAGAAGAGAAAGUAGGCCUACUGAGGGGAAAUAAAUAUUCAUCACUUUAUCAUAUUUUUAUUGAAUGAUUCUCCAUAAUUUGAAGUUCAGAUUACAGUAAAAUAAUUAAUAAACAAAUUACUCUAAAGAACAGAUUUAUUCAUGCAGGCCUAUCAGAUGAAACCUGUACAACAUGCUUUCAAUCGAGCUUCUGACUAUUUUUAUAACAGUGAGGAAAUCAAUAGAGGAAGAGAUAUAUUUUCCUAUAUCUAUACUUCCAGAAAAAACUACCGAAUUUGAUAGAUAGCAAAAAUGUUUCAAUAUAAAGUGAUGUUUGGUAUAAUUCAUAUUCAUCAAAACCUCUCUUAUCGUUAUUGAUUUUUUGUAAAGUACCAAAGACAGCGAAGUUAUGCAAAAAUUCUUGAAAUCAUAAGAAACGUAAAAAACUCGUAAUUCCAUCACCCAUGACUCUCCAUGACUAGAAAACAUCGAUUUUCGUGAUUUCAAAGAAUUGUAUGAAUAUCACUAUAGAUAGGUACCUACCUUAUUCUCCACAUUAGAUGACUAUAGAAAAAUCUUAUUUGAAUCAUGAAUAUACUGUAAACAAAACUAUUUUAACUAGUGGAAUGUUUUAAUAGAAAUAUGGAAAUGCAUGCAUUCAGAACUUCAACAAUAACACGAUAUUAGCAUGAAUUAAUGAAGCUGCAUCAUUAGCUUUCCAACCGUCCAGAAGUACGGUAGCCUAAUAUUAUAUUAGUAACUCGCAUUUUUUGAAACUGCUCUAAAAUGUGAUGUUAAAAAUAAAUUUGCUUUGUGAAUGUAGGUAAUUAUUUAUCACUUCAUCAAAAUCAUACUUCAAGGCAUGACAGACAUGUUCAGCAUGCUUUGUGUAUCAUCCAUCGUCUCAUACUUUGUAUAUAUGCAUUUCUGUGAAUGAUAUUAAAAAAUAUAUAGAAUAA